CUUUUACUUGUUGACCCAGCUAAAGCGAUCGCAUGCUGGGCGAGCUGCCGUGGAAGUACCAGCUGCGUGUAUGGUUCAUUUCGCUGCUUCUGUAGUUUUUCGAAACGAUGGAUUAAAUUCAAAAAAUACUCGUUCGGGUGCACAACACUUGUUUUAGCUUGACUGUCUACAUUUACGCUCUAUCAAGUCGAUCAACAGACAGUAAUUGCUAUGUGGUGGUCAGUCUUCCACUUGGCGACAGGUCACGAAAUCGCUGGCGUCGUAUCUAGCCGCUGUUGGACCCAUACGUCUUCCAGGAUGGCGACCCAAAGAUGUGGAGUACGAAUGGCUUAACACUCUUGAAGACAUGGCCCGCAACCGGAAUCAUUGGAGGAAUGCCAAAGAAGAUACACAUUAAUCAACUUCCGAAGACCCCAGGUGGUAAAAAUAUAUCGAAGAGUAUAAACAUAUCUGCUGAUGAAAUCGAAAUUGAUGACGCGAUUACGGUUAAACGAUCCAUGUUACGAGUAUGUGCUCCAGGCAAUCCAUGGUUUGAAGGUGAAGGUGAUGGGGAAGAUGAGACCGAGAGACCGAAAUUUAUCGUACGAAAAUCCAUGGAUUUGAAGAAGAUCCGCAGGAUCGAUGAUCGAGUAGCUGCCAUAGUCUCCAGCCCCAUGAUCGACGCUCGACCCAGACGCUUGAGUUCUGCUCACGUCCCGGUAGAAAGCUCCCCAUAUACUCGAGAUGAUUUCACUCCGCUGAAGGUGUCAAAUAAAGGUGACUUGGCGCAUGCAACUUCCCGGCGACUAUCGCAAAUUAUUCUGCGUCGAUACGCUUCAUCCACUCCUUUUCCUGACACAGCCCAAAGCACAUUGUUGGACUCUCCCACGCGAAGAACCGAAUCCGGAUCGACUGUUUCUCAGCUUCAUGCUCUUCCUGUAUCCUCUCUUACUACUUCUGCUCUUGAAGACAAAGAAAACGUAGGAUCUUCACCAAAACGGUCAGUAACCCAGAACGUUGUUCCAAAGGAGCUCGAUCAACAAACCCCUCUAGAUUCAUCAGCCCAAAUGGAAUCCACAGAUAUCGCUAACGCUAUCAAGGACUUUAGGCUUCUUGCCGAGGUUGAAUCCAGUCGACUGAAGUUGGUGUGUGGUGAUUGGAACGGAGUUUUGACUGAAGAAUCUGAUAAACUUCCACAGUCAGUGUUGGACUCAAUACGGGCAACCGUAGGAAAAUGCCAACUUGUCUUGCAACACAAGUUGUCCUUCUUCUUGACAUUGGUAGACAAAGCAGAAUCUGAUUUACGUACGACAGGUGCAGGCGGCACUCUUAAGAUCAAUCCGAAUGACCUGGCAGGAUACUGGACUCUGGUUGCUACAGAAAUCGCCGAAUCAGAUGCAUCGUUCGAUCGCUUGUGCAAGUGGCGUGACGAAUGGCAUUGGAGUCCAGCACAUUGUCCUGUCACACCUCCUCGGUCUGUGGUAACUCAAGCAGUACGAUCCAAAAGAGUAGGCCCGACUCCGAAACGCGUGGGUAUUCCGAAGGUUUCGGAUUUGUCGACAAAAAAGGUUCCACCUGGUCGCAAGUUGGCUGCCGAACGAAUACCUCAGGAGACUUCUGAUACGAUCGCGAGGACCGUUGCCAAAUCAGCUCCCAGGAACAAGCCUCGCGUUAAGUCGAAGUUUGCAGAGUUCCUCGCUGCCAAAAAAGCAGCUGCUUCUCAGGACCCCAGUCGCCCACGCAAGAGUUUACUUGAGGCCAUCACACCACUGGGGCUCCGUCCAGUGACUCGUUCCAGCACUACUCCAACCCAGCUCCGGCUGUCACAGGGCGCAUAAACCAGGCACCAAGUGAAGCUUCAAUAUAACAAGGUUGCACGCUAGUGACUGACUUGAGUUGAGGCAAAAAGUGAACUUGACGGUGAUUGGUGUUGUUUUACGAGUGAACAGCUAUCAUCAAGUUUACCCUUUGUUUCAAACUGUCAUUGACACCGGUGUGCUUCACCUUAUCCGCGUACCGUGCCGUCGUUUGCUACGACAUUCUUGCGUUACCGGUGUACUUGUCCCCUUUCGUUGUCUUGAUUUAUGUGUUGUAUAACGGUCCUUUAGUACACAGUGUGUGU